AUCACUCCAAUACUGCUGGGAUACUCAUUACCCUCCUCCUUCCCUCCCCAGCUCUGGAAGUGAAUGCAAACAACAACGAGGAUGGUGGGGGGAGAGAGAGAGAAAGCCCCAAACCCUCAGCAGUAAGUUGGCUGAUGCUGGCAGCCAGACAAAUCUGGCACCACACAGCAGGCAGGCAGGCAGUGCACUGCUCAUCCUUUCGCUUUGCUGUGUGUGGGGAUGCUGGACACCAGCAGCCAGCCAGGGAUCCGGCCAAAGGCUGCUCUGCUCGGCGCCUGAACCCUGCUGCUCUGUGCCCGGGUGGGAGAGACAGAUGUCAGAGGACAAGACAGACAAGGUAAAAAUCAAAGCAGCUGAAAGUUUUGAACAUGAAAAGCAAAAUAUUUCUUGGCUGAAAAAAGACCGCCGCACCAGCUCCCUGCCUCUACUGGCCCUCCCUGGGGUGACAUCGAGCAGCGAGGACCAUCCAGAUAACCAGCUUACAAAUGAAAAACACACAGAUGAAAAGCCUAUGAAAGGUAUUGUUAUGAGUUCAGUCGCAGAAUUCAGCAUCACAGACGCUUCAUCAAAGGGUACCAAAAAUGAGAAGAAAUUGUCAGAUGCAAGCAGAUCAUCCAUUGCUUCCCUGGAGAAAUGCAGAGAAUUCUCUUACAUUGAAGAUGAUGCAUCAGUACAUCAGAGAGACAGUGACGAUGAAUGUGCAACACUUAUCCUGGCCUGCUUGUUCUGCCAGUUUUGGGACUUUCUUAUAAUGCUGCCUGAUACCUGUGAACAUUGGCUGACAGAUACCUGUUGUCCAUCCAAUAGAUAUUACCAGACCUCCGACGAAGACCACGGCAGCAACGACUGCAACUGUGACUGUGACAUUGAUUGCAGCCUCUUUGAGUCCUGCCACGAGACCGGCGAGUGCCUGGAGCUGGCCAUGGAGAUAUCUGAAGUCUGCUAUCGCUGAUAGGAAAAUAAUUGACAAAAUUCAUCAAAACUACCCGACAGAUUACAAAGGAGAUUUUUUUUUUUUUUUAAUAUUAAUCAUAACCAGAGGUUUUGUCAAUGAGGACUAUGCGCAUCUUGUUGCUCCCUCCCUGGAGGUCUCUAUGUUGGCAUGAUAUCACAAACUGCUGAAACCAAUAAAGGACAAAAAGGGGUCUUCUCUGCCAUAGAUGACAACAGAAUUCCUAAGUGCCAAGUGUGCUCGCUGCUUUACCCACUGUAAAUCCAAGCUUUUAUGAACCUUUAAUUGCUUUAAACACCAAUUUUGCCAUUCAUAAACACAGAAAAAAUUAGGAUGUUAUUUUAGGACUGAUAUAUAUAUUAGUUCAUCUUCCUAAUGGAUUCAUACCUAAACAUGUAUUACAUAUUGUUGGUUAUUAUAAAUAAUUUAUGAUACAGCAUCAUUUUAUAAUUAAAAAUUUAUUUAUUCAAUCUCUUAAAACACUCUUAUAUGCCCAGUAUAGGUAGAAAAAAAAAAUUAAUAAUUAGAAACCAUGCUACUGGUAAUUACAGCAAAUGUCACUGAAAAUCUCCAGUGAAUUUCGUUGAGGAAGCAUUUUCACAGGGUACUGCAAUUGGACAGUGUAUUAAUGUGCUGGCCCAUGGUUAUAUAAUAACAGGUUAUGCCUAUUGUUCAUUAGUUAUAGGAAAGGGUUUCUUAAGUAUAAUUAGCCAAAAUGGGAAUUGACUGCACAUUUUCAGAGAAGAAUUACCCCCAUAGAUAGCCAGCAGCUCCUUUCCUUGAUUUCCAUUUGUAAGACUUUUGCAAGAAACAGAAUAUUGCCACCUAUUCUAGUGCAAACAGGCAUCUCCACCUGUGCACAGAAGAUUACAAAAUGACAGUAUCUAUCCUGUGCUUUCAAAUUCCCUCUAUCUCUUUUCUGAUGGCAGGUCUGAUUAAUAAAAAGGAAAUACAUGUUGCACAUUACACAUAUGACAACAAAAACAUGUUAAUUUAGCAGCCUGAGGGUGCAGAACACAGGUAUUAAGUACAGAGGAAAAUACAGAAUUGCUUGCUCACAUUAGGUAUUUAUAGACUAACACCAAAGUCAGUGCUUGCUUUGUAUAAGCACUAAAAUUUCUCCCAAAAUCCCCACUGAUCUCAGUGCAGAAGUGCCUGUGGAAUACCAAACAAGGAUCCUGGGCAAGAUACUGGGAUAUUAAACAUUUCUAAAAUAAUUGAAGCCACUUGUUUAUUAAUCAGAGUCCUGGUGCACAAACAUUUAAUGGGGGGAAAAAAUCCUGUGUAUAAUAACCUUUCCUUAUCCCCCUUCUGUAAAACUCAUGCUUUCAAAAAAAUCAGAAAGCCAGAAGUAGAACCACUAACAACCUUUUUCCAGGUGUCUUACAAAGCCUGGUGACCAGAAGACAACAGACCUCAGGAAUGCAGCAAGCAGCCCAGAACUAAUUUCACUGCUCCUUCCAGGACAUUGGUGGGGAAUAGAAGAGAUUUUCUUAUCUUACAGAGUCCCAUUGUGAGCUAUAGUCACCUAAAGGACCCAGACCCCACAGCACAACCCACUGCCAUCCAGGAGGCACUGGUUUGGGUCACCCACCUCAGGGAUGGGCAAUUUUAAUGCUUCAAUUUGCCUUCUCACACGGAAUUCUGAUCUUAAAUCUUCCAAAGCUAAGCUAAACUCUCACUUCUACAUACCAGCCCACAAAGGCUUGGAUCAUUCUGUCCUUUCUACCACAGGUUGUGGUAGAAACUAGUAUGUGGGUAUUUAUGAAUAAGAAUUCUGACCCAGGGCAUUUAGGAGUCAGAAAAGAGGGAAGCUUGUUCCACAUACCAGUUCCUAGAGAAGCACUAAUAAAGAUGUACCUUGACAGUCCUUGCUCUUGAUGCCAGUCUCCAAAAUCGGAGAUUUCAUGUGCCAUGGCUGGAUGGAGCCCAAGACGGGAAACCAGAGGGUGGCAAACCCCAAAAUGUUGUCAGUGAGGGAAUCAGAGAUGAGGACUUUCCCUUUCAAGCCAGGAUGUCUUGUUCCAGUUCUGAGUCUGAAAGAAAAAACACAUUGACCACACCAGUAUGACUCAUGGCAAGUGAGGCCUCAUUCAGCUGUGGAACUGGACUGGGGGAUUUUGGCACAAAUGUGGAAUUUUUUCCAACUUUUUUUCCUAGGAAUCAUUAUUCAAAAGAUUAUUUCUUUGUAUUGUAAUCCAUAGGUUGGCAUAUUGAGGUCAUGGCUAUUACAGGGCACAGGUAAGGUCAAAGGCAGAAUUAUUAUAGCCAUGAUUAGACAGGAUGUCCCAGAAAUAAGAAAGGAAUCACUCUGGGAUAUAUUGAGAGCUACUGUGUUUUAAAUAAUGCAGCAGUAUCUCCUUGCCUGAAGUGUACAUGGGCACACUGCUCAGUUUCCUGCUUUAAGGAAGUAGAUUUUUUGAGACCUUUUUGAGCAAUGAAACCUUGAAAAACAUGUUAUUUCAUACAACACAGUAGAAUCAGCAGCUUAUGAUAACUUUGUUUUCUGUCUUAAAGUUGUUAAUUGCAACUUUGUACUUUCAUGACAUGUAGGAACACUUAAACAUAUUGACACCAAAGAAAGUCAGUCAGACUUUCCCAUUAACUAUUCCAGAAACUCUUUGAAAAGCCAUCCUAUUCCCACACUAAACUGACUUCUGGUGCAGAAAAACACCCAUUUAUCAGAUCUGAACAUGGGCAGACAUUCCAGCUAAGCCAAAGCACUUGGAACAAUUCGAGGCUGCCUCUGUGUUUUUUAUUUACUGGGAAGGAAGGUCUGGGUGCUGGAGUGGGAGGCGUUUGGGUGGAUGGCUGCUGGGAACAUGUUGGACUCAGCUGUGCUCCCGGGGAGAUGUCAGCGCGUGGAACCAGCUCCUGAGAACAACAAAUAGAAGUUCCCGUUUUGCAAUCGGGAACAGCGCUCCGACACGACGCCUCUCCCCAGCUCCAGAAAUGCACUGACAGAUUGCCUGGGGGAAGAGAGAGACAGAGAGAAUAGCGGAGAGCUGCACUGCUACCUUCCACAGGAAAGGACCACGGGAUGCUCUCUAAGGAUCUCCUCUUGGAAAUGACCCAGCAGUCUCAUCGUUGAGACAAAAAUGUCUUUUCACCUUCUUUCACUCUGUUCUCAGAACACAAUACGGAUUAGGAUGUAAACUGUAGGGGAAUUGAUGUUUGAUAAAUACUGGAAAAGCCUCUGGGGGCUUCCAAAAAUUUAAAGUUCAGUUAUCUCAAAGGAUAUUAAGUUCUCUGACUGACCAUGAGCACUUCCAUAAUGUCAUUCUGGUGCCUUACUCUCCAUGUACAAUGAGUCCCUUAGAUGUGGGCUGGCAAAAAUUAUCCCAUGUACAUCCCCAAAUAUAGGGAUGAAAUAUAUUGUAUUACCUCAUUUGACUUUCCUCUGCUUCCUAAAGUACUUUGAUCAUUCAUAUUCUCUCAAGAAGUCAUCAACUAGAACAACAAACAUCUUCCAAAUGUCCAGAAAUUCACAACUCUGCCUUAACUAACUCUAGUGCUGCUUAGGAAUUCAGGCUGAGUGCUACAGCUGAGCUCUAGAAGACUUUGGUUCUCAGGAAGAAAGCAAAAUAUGGGAACAAUUAAGAUGUUUGCAAUUGUAUUUCUCAAAUGAUGCUUGCACAGUAUCAAAAAAAGUUCAAGAGUGUCAGACUAAGAAUGUAUGUAUCUAUUAAAUUUUUGUUUUAAUUAUAUGAAAUGGGUGGUUCCAUUGCUUUCAUCUGUUUGGGUUCUCUUAAAUGCAAGGUAAGUUUCCUAUUAUGCAAGAAAAUGAGUUUACCAAGCAGACUGGGAUUUCCAGGCACUGCUCCACUAUAAUUCACUGUAACUGAGCAUUAAUCAUGAUUAAUAAUCUAUCAUUCCUGUGGUUUAGGAAAAUAAAAAGGAGUACUUUAUUGAGAAACUGCCCUUUCUCUUAGCAUACUUCAUAUAAUUGCACAAUGGAACAAUUCUAGGGAAUUCAUUAUUCUGCUGGUAAUGAUCUAGAUUUCCUUAACAUUGCACACGAAUGGGAAUCGUUGCCAUCUGAUGGAUGUUCCAUGGCCUGUACAAAAUGAGUUGGUGGGUGCAAGCCAAUUCAUAAUGGAUGUGUGCCCAUAUCACAAAAAACACCAUUAUAAUUGGUACCCUUAGGAAAAAUGCCAAGCUCUGAGUGUAAACAGAGCACUUUCUGUCCCAAGAGCUCGUGCUUCCGUGGUCAGAGUUGAAGCACAACAGAAUGAGCAAUGCUGAACUGCAUCUGCUGCCUCUGUAAAAGGCUUUGCUCUCCUGAGGUAGCACUUGGCAUCUUGGACCCUCUCUAAAAUAAGAAAACUCACUCUGAAGGGCCACACUUGUGCCUCUUCCCCUACCAUCACUAAAGUCAUUGAGGGGGUUGUGCAGGUAUAAAAUGUAGAGGAGACAGUCCUUGCUACAGUCCAUAAUUUCAUAAUUUGCUCUCUUUCUAAGUGUAUCCAGAAAAAAAUGUGCUGUCACUAAAUGAGAGGUGUUUGUUCACCAAGCCUCAUUUGAAAUCUGAGAAAUCUUUCUAUCAGAAAGUGCUGAA